AUGACCGCCGACAUCGACUCCGAAACAGCGCGUUUGGAUCCCACGUUGCCGACUGUUGAGAAACCCGUUCAAUACCAACAGAAUAAUGAGCCAAGAAAGGGUUUGCAUCCGGCCUUUUUUAUCAUAGCAUGGAUUGCGCUGAGUUCGACAUUGAUUCUUUUUAAUAAGCAGGUUCUUGGAUAUGGGCAUUUCGCAUACCGUCCGUCCUCCCCCCCCACCCAUUCCAUGUCCCUCCUUGACGCAAACCACCAACUAACAUUGAUUGCGAUAACAGCUAUCAUUCUAACAACAUGGCACCUAACCUUCGCAACCAUAAUGACCCAACUCCUAGCCCGUUUCACGUCGCUACUCGACGGCCGGAAACGAGUCAAAAUGACCGGCCGGGUAUACCUGCGUGCCAUCGUGCCGAUAGGCGUGUUUUUCAGCCUGAGUCUGAUUUGUGGCAAUGUAACAUAUCUCUAUUUGAGUGUGCCGUUUAUUCAGAUGCUCAAGUCCACAACCCCCGUCGUAAUCCUCUUCUGCACAUGGGCCUUCAAACUUGAGCCCUACAACUUCCGACAACUCAUGAACGUCUGCGUGAUCGUUCUGGGGGUUAUGAUCGCCUGUUUCGGCGAAGUCGAUUUCGUCAUUGUCGGCGUUUUGUUUCAGAUUGGCGGAAUCGUCUUUGAAGCCAUCCGGCUGGUCAUGGUUCAACGCCUCCUGUCCUCGGACGAAUUCAAGAUGGACCCCUUGGUGUCACUGUAUUAUUUCGCGCCGAUUUGUGCACUUAUGAAUGGCGCUGUUGCUGCCGCCGUAGAAUUGCCACGCUUUAAGAUGGAUGAUGUGUGGCAUGUGGGUAUUUGGAUGCUUGUUGCUAAUGCUAUGGUGGCAUUUGCGUUGAACAUUUCCGUUGUCUUUCUCAUCAGCAAAACAUCCUCCCUCGUCAUGCGCCUCUGCGGCAUUCUCAAGGAUAUCUUGAUUGUUAUCUCGUCCCUCGUCCUCUGGCACACGCCCAUGACCGCUCUACAAGUGGGAGGUUACACCCUCGCUUUGUUGGGACUGGUCUACUACAUGCUCGGCUACGACCGCAUUGUGGGCUUCUCUGCGCGCGCCGCAGGUGGCAUAAUCAACGAAUACAAGAUGCGCAAGAGUCGAUUGGUGGGUGUUUUGUGUAUGUUUUUGUUGGGAUUUGUGGUUGUGUUGAGUAUUAUGGGACUGUUGGCAGUCAAAUUUGCGCCGGAUAAGAUUGAGGAUCUCAAGAGCUGGAUUUAUUAUACGACUACGGGGGACGAUACGAGAUAA